AUGGCCCAACCUUCGACACCACAACCAUUUCUUCCUCAGACUUCUCCCGCUGCUGAAGACACCCAAUUGUGGACUGUUAGCCUCUCUCGACAAUUGGGUUCUGGUGCUAAUACUCCCACGGCCAACACCUACCUGAUGCCUACUAGCCCGGCCAAGAACACCGCCAGCAUGAACAACGGGCUGAAGCCAAAGAUCACCAAGACUACCGGGCAGAAGCCGGCUUGCCUGGUCAAUGCAUCAGUCACCUAUUGCGGGAACGAUCAGAUCUACGCUUUCGGCGGCUUCGACCAGUUCACAGAUGAAGUCUACAAUCACGUGCUUCGGCUGAAUCUGAAAACGCUAGACUGGGCGCUAGUGGAUAAUUAUGGAGACAUUCCUGGGGUGCGGAUGGGGCAUUCAGCAUCCCUUUACCAAGGCGACAAAUUACUGGUCUAUGGUGGAGAAAAUGAACACCGAGAAUAUUUGUCGGACGUGGUCAUUCUUAACCUGAAAGACCAUUACUGGACCCAACCCGAUGUCCAGGGUCCCGUCCCGAAAGGCAGAGCCAGACACGCCGCCGUUGUGUACGAGGACAAACUCUUCGUCAUUGGGGGGCUGACCGGAGAAGCCAAUUACAUCCUCGACGACAUCUGCUACCUGGAUUUGAAGACGUGGACGUGGUCGAAAACAUGGAGCUUCGUGCAAAGAUUCGAUCACUCCGCCUGGAUAUGGGGAGGUCGAUUAUGGGUGCUCGGAGGCAUGGGAGCUGAUAUGGAACGCCCAUCAGAGAUUUGGUGGCUGGAUCUCAAAGGAAGUCCGGCUUUGAGUGGCUCAGGCAGGCAGUACUCUAAUAUGGGUCGCAUCUCCUCUGCCAGACAUGAUCCCUGGCUGCAUCCCAGCCGCGCUGACCGCGUCGAUACAUAUACCGCGAACUCGGGCAGCGUCCACAUUCGAUCUACCAGGCGGGAGAAGCCCGUCGCCCCCGGGGCCAUAUCGUCGCUGAAAUUCGUUUCGGGCCCGCAUGUCCCCCUCCAAUCGUCCGGGACACAUUUCCACGUCUGCUCUUCUGGCGCCUUGCUAGACUUUGUCACGCCGUCGUCGACUAUUCGUCACAGUGAAUGCAACCUGUCAUCUCUCGAGCUGGACUCGAUGAGGUGGCAAAGAUUGGUUGAAGGUCCUGAGCUCUUCCAGCCUGGCUAUAAAUGGCAUUACUGUACAAUCAACGAGGAUGGAACCAAGGUCUGGCUGCUUGGCUCCCCUGGGGACGACUCAACCGGGACCAAUCAAGAGCUCCAAUUGAGCGAGGUUUUGGCUGUCGACCUCAAACGCUAUGGCUUGCUUGGCAACCUUGACUCUCCCUUCGCGUCUGAGCAAAACCGCAUCCUGGCCUCCGAACGGCAGACAAUAUAUACAACUCCCUCUGGCAGUUUAGGGUCUGGCCUCGGCUCAGAUCUCGCCAUGAUAUUUGAUCAACCCCCAGAAUCUGGCAGUAUGAGCGACUUCAUCAUUACGGCGAACAACAUUCCCGCCGAGGAUGACGACAAUAUUUCGGAAGCCGAUUCUCAACUGCGGUUCUCCACGAACACGACUAGCAGUCAGGCAUUCGUCUCUGAGAACUCCGUUGUGUCCUCCCCAAUCCACGUUCACAAAGUGAUCCUCCAUGCCCGUUGGCCACACUUUAAACGUCUCUACGCUUCAAAAAUGAUUGAAUACCAAACUUCCCGCUUACACAUCCCUGAGCCUUACUCAGUUGUACGCGCGUUUCUGUAUUACCUAUACACGGACAGCAUUGCCCCUCAUCCCGAAUACUGCCGGGACCUCACAGACGUCGCGGGCAUGCUCGUGAUGGCAAACCUCUAUGACAUGCCCAAGCUCCGCCUUCUGUGCGUGAACCGCCUUUCGCGCGAGAUCGACAUCGCGCACGCCGCCGUGAUUUGGGAGCGGGCGGGACGGACCGACGAAGAAUGGCUGAAACAGCGUGCUGCCCGCUUCUGCAUGACGAAUUUUGGACGGAUUGUCCGUACCGAGGGGUUUAGGAGCCUGAGCCGACAGUCUCUCAUGGAGCUUUGUGAGGUUGUUGGGAUGGAGGGGAGAGUGGUUGAUGGUGAUGAGAUGGACGACGCCGAUGUCGGGUUCAUGCCAGGUGGGAGUAUCAGUGGGCGAUAUCGACGUAGGAGUCAUCGACCCAGUGGCGAGGCAGACGAGACAGAGGGAGACGAGGAUGACGGAAUGGACAUGAACUGA